AGGAAUGUAUAUAAAGACUUGCGUCAGAUUGAACUUGCCUGUGAUUCACAGGAAGAUGUGGACAGCUGGAAAGCCUCCUUUCUUCGUGCUGGUGUUUACCCUGAGAAAGAUCAAGUGGAAAAUGAAGAUGGGGUUCAGGAGAACACCUUUUCCAUGGAUCCUCAGUUGGAGCGCCAAGUGGAAACUAUCCGCAAUCUAGUUGACUCAUAUGUUGGGAUCAUUAACAAGUCCAUUCGAGACCUUAUGCCAAAGACAAUAAUGCACCUAAUGAUAAACAAUACCAAGGAUUUCAUCCACUCCGAGCUGCUGGCCUACCUAUAUUCUUCAGCAGACCAGAACAGCCUGAUGGAGGAAUCUGCAGACCAAGCACAACGUAGGGAUGACAUGUUGCGAAUGUACCAUGCUCUGAAGGAAGCUUUGCAUAUAAUUGGAGACAUCAGUACCAACACAGUUUCCACACCAGUUCCUCCUCCUGUGGAUGACACGUGGCUGCAGUCAGGGGGCAGUGGGCAUAGCCCAACACCGCAGCGCAGGCCUCCUUCUACUGUUUUACCACCAGGGAGACCUCCAGCUGUGAGGGGUCCCUUGCCAGGCCCUCCCUUGCUUCCAGUAGCAGCAGCAGGCUCUUCCUCUUUCGUGGCACCACCCAUUCCUUCACGCCCUGGACCGCAAAGUGCAUUUAUUGCUAAUAAUGACCCCUUUUCAGCCCCUCCUCAGAUUCCUUCAAGACCAGCAAGGGUUCCCCCCAGCAUCCCUCCAGGUGUACCCAGCAGAAGACCCCCUGCAGCACCGAACCGGCCUACCAUUAUCAGACCAGCUGAGCCUUCUUUAUUAGAUUAACCACAACCACUACCUGGCAGAGUGGUAGUGGUCUUGCUUGUUAACUAUCUUGUGGAGAGAGCUCGUGCCUAAUCUCUUGUGUAAAAGAGCUCUUUGCAACUGAUCAACUGUAGCCAAGGCCCAUUUUUUCCAUCCCUACUCCUAACCAUGGCAGCAAACAUCAUGGGAUGGUUCCUGUGGGUCUAUGACCUGUAAAUAGCUCUGAGAGGCCAAGCAUUCCUUAUAGUAGUACCCUCUCUGUCCCUGGGUCUUGGCUAGGGGAAGAAUCCUCUCCUCUUGGUGGCCACAUCAGACCUGUUCCACAUGGGAACUUGGAGGAUUCUGUUUUGUGGAGUUGUUUUGCACUUUUGCUGAAAACACAGAAAAGAACUCCUAGUUGAAUAAUUGCCAAGGGAUUGCCUGUGAAUGUGUGAAAAUGGAGAAUCCGCAUUCCCACCAACACAGCAACAUUCAGCACAUGGAAUCUUUUGCCGUUCAUGUUGAUCAGACUUGAUCACCCCUUCUCACCACAUGGAUUUCUUUGUACUACAUGCACACACCUCUCUCUUCUUUCCCUCUUUAAAUUUAAAUGCAAAAUUUGAGCAAUUUUACAUUUUAUAGCCUUGAAAUAAAAUAUGGAAUGAUGGGACUGCAGAUAGCAAAUUGCUAAUAAAUCCAAUUCACUGAACUGGAGCAAAACUUUACCAAGCAGAAUAAUUGGAAAGAAGGCAGCACUGGGUUGCAUUUGAGCCUCAGGUAUAAUGUUGACUUGCGUGCCAUGCUACACUUUGCACAAUCAGUGCUUACCGUUAAACAGAAAGAUCUCAGUUUGCCACUUGUGGCCUGAAUAAGCAGAAAUAAGAUUGGUGAUCCAUCCUAUGUUACAUCCAGAUGGUCAAUUGCAGGGUUGGCUUAGUUAUUUUUAGCUGUAAUACUAGUUGCCUCUAAUUGACUGUGACCAUGUAUAACCUGCCCAACGUAUGGAAAAGUGGGGUGAGGGCUUCUAAUAGAUCUUCAGCAUUAUGAUUUUCUGCACAGGCCAUUUCUGUGAAGAGGCAUUCCUUUCCUAUUCACAAGAGGGAUUUUUGGCAGUGCACUAAAAUAGAUCACAGAGCAGUAGUGCUCAAAGGACCCACUGUCCCAUAGAGGUGCCCAUAGGAGUCUCUCGAGGGGUUUUUUUGGGGGGUGGGGCAGGAGGAGAUUGGCUGUUCCAUCUCUUGAGAGUCUGUGGAAGGACACUGGACCCUUCUGAACAGGACAAGUAGAACAUGCCACCCUCCAUGAGCUGUGGUUGUAUAUACUUCUUCAUAAAGAACAGAGUAUUAAAACUUGGAUGAAUUCUAGAUUAAAAAGAAGUCUGUUAGCUCCUCUCCUUCCCCACUCUCCAAGCCUAUCAGGCAUACCUUGGUCCUUCCUGAGAAAAUAUGUAAGGGACAGCAGCACACACACACCUGCCUUAAUGUUUCCUUCCAGUGACCUCUUCCCUUUCAACCUGACCUGGAGCAGUAGUUGUUCACAUCCUAAGGAUAUCCUCCUUUCAUAGACAGUGCUAACUUGGUGCCUUUACUGCUUGAAUGCUAUGUUGUCUGCCCUAGUAACCAGUGUUGUCUUCCUGUAAAUGCCCCUCUGCCUCCAAAGACACUGUCAAAUGUUCUGACCCUCUCUUGAAGUGUAUUUCAUAACCUCCUGCCAUUUAUGUUCACUGGCCACUUCCCUGAAAAAUAGCAUUUGAUUGGUAGCAUGUACCUUCUAUUUCUAAUUCAUUUUGUUCUGAUAUGCUACUUCUUGACUCUUCCUGUUACCAUGUGUGAAGGGGCUGUGGGGCCUUCUCUUCCUCUUUAGAUUAAAAAAGCUCCCAGCAGUUUGAGAUAAGUGCCUCCAUUAUGUAUCUUAUUAAUAAACUAAAAUAAAGGGAAAUUCUGCUGGUGGAAAGUCUCUGGCAA